AAUUGCCUCCCCCCCCCCCCCCCCAUCCGACCUCAAUGGCCCUUGAUCCCAGGAAGGAGGGAAAUACGCCGGAUAGCCAGUAGCCAGAGAAAGAAGGGUAGCGACAGGCUGACUGAUCGCGAGGGAAAUUGAGGCUCUCGAUGGCUGCCACCGAGUCUCCACCACACACAAGCACACCACCUGCCCACCGGAAUGUCCAGAACGUCGUUUUAGGCAGCCUUCUUUUCAGAACCUGGUACAAAUCGAUAUACCCGGAGGAGUUGGUGCACAAGGACACGGAGCGGUUGUACGUCUGCCGGUGGUGCUUUCGAUACGCGUGCGAUGCGGACGCUCACGUGAAACACACACGCGUCUGCGAUAGCCGGACGGUGCCUUCGGGGGUCAAGGUGUAUGACUGCCAGGGAUAUGCGGUGUGGGAGAUCGAUGGGGCGGAGCAUACGCUCUUCUCGCAGAAUCUAUCGCUGUUUGCGAAGCUGUUUGUCGAUCACAAGUCGGUCUUCUUCGACGUCUCCUCGUUCCUCUACUACAUCCUCACGUUCACCGACCCGGAGGACCCGGAAAGCUAUUACAUCCUGGGCUACUUUUCCAAGGAGAAGCUCUCGUGGGAUGCGAAUAACCUCGCGUGCAUCCUGAUCUUCCCCCCGUACCAGCACAAGCAGCUGGGGAAGCUGCUGAUGAGUGUCAGCUACAAGCUGAGCGGCUGGGAGCGGGAAGGCGGCUUCAUCGGUGGUCCCGAACGGCCACUCAGCGAGAUGGGGCGGAGGAGUUAUUCACGCUUCUGGGCGGAACGAAUAGCGAGGCAUUUCCUGGUAGGUUCGGGCUCUCGUGACGAGGAAGGGACCGAGAGGUUGUCGUUGUCGCCAGCGCAGAAGAAAAAGAGCACCCCGAAUGGCACGACUAGGAAGAGACCUCAUCAUCAUCAAGAAUGUAUGACUGUACAAGAAAUCGGGCAGGCCACAGGCAUGCUGGUCGAAGAUGUCAUCACAACACUCAAGGACAUGGGGGUCGUAGAGCCGGAUAAAGCUCGCAAAAAGCGCAACCUGGGCCCUUCUUCUUCCGCCACGCCAGCUAGCACCGAGGACAGCCGGUCCGUGGUCAUACGCAAAACCAAAGUUCUCGACUGGGCCACCUCUCGUCGCGUUAGCCUCCAGGAUCCCGUCAGAAAUGAGGGUUUCAUCGGCGGCUGGCUCCGGGAGUCCAGUGCUGAGGUCCAGAGCAUAGAAGAUGGAGAAAGCUCCGAUUCAUCUUGAACGACUUGCAUGGAAGGGAAAAUCGGCGUUUGGGAGGGUAUCUUGUUUAUUCACUAUUACUGUUGGGCUGUCUUGACAUUCAUUCUCAUAUUUCUAAUCACUGUUCUUAUAUACAUAGCGGUAUAUAAUUGACUAGACAGAUUAUAUAUAUACUACUCUCUCUGGUGUCUAUAAACUAUGUCUUUGAACACGUGCCUACAUUUAUUCAAUAGUUCCAAUGACC